GAACCAGAACCAAGACCAAGACCAAGACCAGAACCAGAACCAAGACCAGAACCAAGACCAAGACCAGAACCAGAACCAAGACCAGAACCAAGACCAGAACCAGAACCAAGACCAGAACCAGAACCAAGACCAAGACCAAGACCAGAACCAGAACCAGAACCAAGACCAAGACUAGAACCAGAACCAAGACCAAGACCAGAACCAGAACCAAGACCAAGACCAGAACCAGAACCAAGACCAGAACCAGAACCAAGACCAGAACCAGAACCAAGACCAAGACCAAGACCAGAACCAGAGAAAAGAUCAGAACCAGAACCAGAACCAAGACCAGAACCAGAACCAGAACCAAGACCAAGACCAAGACCAGAACCAGAACCAAGACCAGAACCAAGACCAAGACCAGAACCAGAACCAAGACCAGAACCAAGACCAGAACCAGAACCAAGACCAGAACCAGAACCAAGACCAAGACCAAGACCAGAACCAGAACCAGAACCAAGACCAAGACUAGAACCAGAACCAAGACCAAGACCAGAACCAGAACCAAGACCAAGACCAGAACCAGAACCAAGACCAGAACCAGAACCAAGACCAGAACCAGAACCAAGACCAAGACCAAAACCAGAACCAGAGAAAAGAUCAGAACCAGAACCAGAACCAAGACCAGAACCAGAACCAGAACCAAGACCAAGACCAAGACCAGAACCAGAACCAAGACCAGAACCAAGACCAAGACCAGAACCAGAACCAAGACCAGAACCAAGACCAGAACCAGAACCAAGACCAGAACCAGAACCAAGACCAAGACCAAGACCAGAACCAGAACCAGAACCAAGACCAGAACCAGAAUUAAGACCAAGACCAGAACCAGAACCAAGACCAAGACCAAGGCCAGAACCAGAACCAGAACCAAGACCAGAACCAGAACCAAGACCAGAACCAGAACCAAGACCAGAACCAGAACCAGAACCAAGACCAGAACCAGAACCAAGACAAAGACCAAGACCAGAACCAGAACCAAUACCAAUACCAAUACCAAUACCAGAACCAGAACCAAGACCAGUACCAGAACCAGAACCAAGACCAGAACCAGAACCAAGACCAAGACCAGAACCAGAACCAAGACCAAGACCAGAACCAGAACCAAGACCAGAACCAGAACCAAGACCAGAACCAGAACCAAGACCAAGACCAAGACCAGAACCAGAGAAAAGACCAGAACCAGAACCAGAACCAAGACCAGAACCAGAACCAGAACCAAGACCAAGACCAAGACCAGAACCAGAACCAAGACCAGAACCAAGACCAAGACCAGAACCA